AUGGGGGUGCGAGGCCCGGGGCCUUUGUGCGGCCGCGGAGGGAAGGCGGCCAAAACAACACGCACAGGCGGCGAGGCAGCGCACCACAGGCCCGGGGCCCCGGGUGGCGAGACCAGCCAGGCCUAGCCGCAGUCCCGGCCCCGAGCGGCAGCUUCAAAACACCACAGAGAUCUUCCUCCACCCCCGCGUCGUUCUCCAUCCCCUCCUCCUCUAUCUCUCUGUCAAAGCUGCAGCCGCCAUCUCGCCAGUCUGACAAUGGCAGCUCCAAAACGACGGAGGUAAAAAAGAGAGAGAGAAAAAAAACCUUCUCCCAGCCCGUCCCACCCCCACUCACUUCCCUCCCCAUUAAAGCUGCGAGCGGCCUGGACAUCCUUCUCUUCCUUCCUCCUGGAUUAAUUCAGUCUCUGAAUCCCCAGCAAGCUGAGCCUUUCUGGCUCUGACUAGAAUGGAACAACCUGCAGGCUCAACAAGAGAGAGGGAAAGUUGAGGAUGCGGGGGCAACACGAUGGAUCUCUCGUUCACAUUCAUGAAAGGUAUCAUGGGAAACACGAUUCAACUGCCGCAACAACUUAUUGAUUCAGCCAAUAUGAGACAGGUUCCUGAUGUUCUCAAUGCCAGCAGUGGCAUCAGGGAAGACAGAGGGCAAUCCUGUGAAGCUUCCCUCCAGCAAGGGUUUAUCUUUCCUGCUUCUGGUGCUGAUAAUAUCCCACCAGUCACCAAUGGCUACUCCAAUGUUAACAUGUAUGAGACGCUAAACAAGUACCCAGCAUAUUCCCAGCUCCCCAAUGGAUCUGCCAAUGGCUACGGAACAUGUAAGAAUAUCAGUUCCACUGAAUCUUAUACAGCAGGAAACCACUUGGUGAAACAGCCCGAGAUUCAGGAGAAAGCACCCUCUCCCCCUGUUCCUGAACCUGUCACACCAAAGAAGACGGGCUCGCCAGAGAUUAAAUUGCGCAUCACUAAAACUUAUCACAAUGGAAAGGCACUGUUUGAGUCCUCACUCUGUGGCGAUCUCCUGAAUGAGCAGCAGGCUCAGGCUGCUGAGUCUGCAGUGACUCGCAAACCAAAACGGGAGAAAAAGAAAAGGAGCAAGCAUGAUUCUACCACCACUGACAGCCAGGAAUACAAAGCUGUCAAAGUGGAGCCUGAAGACUGCAAAGUCAUGUGUGGAAACCCUGUUGUACAGGUCCAUCGUUUACCAGUGUCUGGAAAUCAGACUGUCAUGUCGAGUUGUUACCAGAUUGGGGACUUGGUAUGGGCAAAAGUCGGUACCUAUCCCUGGUGGCCCUGCAUGGUGUCCUGUGAUCCAUUGCUGCAAGUUCACACCAAGAUCAACACAAGAGGUGCUCGCGAGUACCACGUGCAGUUCUUUGGGACGGUGCCAGAACGAGCCUGGAUCCAUGAGAAGAGGGUGGCGCCUUACAAAGGACGUUCACAGUACAGUGCCCUUGUUGCCGAGACUGCCAAGCAGGCCAGCAAUGCUGCAGAGAAGCAAAAGAUUUUGAAGCCUAUAGCACAAAGAAUUCGACCCCAGUGGGAUGUUGGCAUAACUCAAGUCGAAGAUGCAUUGAGAUUGACUCAGGAGGAAAGGAUAGCACAGUACACUUUCAUUUAUGUGGAUGAAAAGCCUGACGCAUCAGCAGAUAUGACUGCAACAUCAUUAAAUCAUGAAGUAAAGAGAAACAGACGCCUUGGAACGUGGUCCAGUCCUCCACACGACCAGACAGUGGGCAAGCAGGCCUCUUCGUCGCUCUCCACUGACAAUGACGCUGGUCAACUGGCGCAUGAAAGGCAAGCAAACAUCCAGGAGCCUCCUCCCAAAAUGACUUGGAGAACAGCAGCAGCUAGGAAAUCACUGCCGCCUUCCCUUGCAAACCUCAAGGGGAACCAGGAUGCGAAAAGAAAUGGUGGCAAUUCUGACUGUGAGGUGUUGCCAGUAAGAAAAAAUGACCAGGUAUUUGAAAUCGAGGAGAAUAAUGCCAAUGGAAAAUUGCCUAACAAGUAUUUAGUUCCGUCAAAGAGGAAUAUUUCAAGGAAGGGAGCAAGUAUUAAGGCAGAGCCAUCGCAAAGAGAAGUUAAGGAAGUUCUCAUCACCCCUCUCAGUCUGCGAAGUGAGAAGCGAGAAGCAGAGGUUCAGUUCUCUGUGCGUGGAGAAGCACACCUGAUUUCCUCAGAAAGGAAACAACAAAGAAGAUCAGUUCGAAGUCGCUCUGAAUCGGAGAAAGUUACUGAAGUUGUACCGAAAAAGAAAAUGCGAAAAGAACAGGUGGAAACUGUUCCAACAACUGAGAUGACUGGCCCACAGAGAGGAACAUCAUUACCCCAUGCGCAUGGAACAAUGAGUUCAACUCUGCCAGGUGCCAGCGAACUUUCAGAUUCGUGCAAGCCAUUGAAAAAACGUAGCCGGGCGUCUACAGAUGUGGAGAUGACAAGUCCAGGUUGCAGAGAAAUCAAUGAUUCUGAUGCCAGAGGAUUGCUGAAUGAGGUUGGUUUGGAGAAGAGAGCUGACAGUCCCGCAGUUCCUCCAGGUACAGAUGUCUCCGAUGAAGCAUCCAUGGAUUCGUGUUUGUCCAGACGUGGCAGUGGAACAUCAAAGAAGGAUAAUAUUUGUCAGGUCUGUGAGAAACCAGGCGAGUCUCUCGUGCCCUGUGAAGGGGAGUGCUGCAGAGUCUUUCACAUGGAGUGUCUCAGAUUGGCAGAGAUACCUAAUGGGAAGUUCACAUGCAUGGAAUGCACUACAGGAAACCACACCUGUUUUUCUUGCAAGUUGUCUGACAACGUCGUGAAAAGGUGUUCGGUGAACUCAUGUGGAAGAUUUUACCAUGAAUCCUGUUUGAGAAGUUAUUCUUCUGCACAGUUUGAGGGAAAAGGUUUCCGUUGCCCCCUGCACUGCUGUUUGGCAUGUUUAGUGGACAACUGUGAAAUGGCUAAAGCAACGAAAGGUCGCAUGCUGCGCUGUUUGCGGUGUCCUGUGGCUUAUCACACGGGGGAGAGUUGUAUUGCAGCUGGCAGCCUUGUCCUUUCAUCCCAAAGCAUCAUCUGCAACAACCAUUCCAGCUUGAAGAAAGGCAGUCGCGCAUCUCUCCAAGUCAAUGUAAGCUGGUGCUUUAUCUGUGCAAGAGGGUUGAUUGAGCAAGACCAAUCCGAAACCCUUAUCAGUUCUUAUACAUAUAAGUCGCACUACCUCCUGAGCGAGUCAAAUCGUUCGGCUGAGUUGUUGAAAAAACCUAUGAUUCCUCCCUCACCGUCAACUGCAGUAAAGAAAUGUGGGAAAGGUGGUCAUCUGUUGUGCUGUGAAUCCUGUCCAGCAUCCUUCCAUCCUGAAUGCCUGACGAUCGAAAUGCCAGAAGGGAACUGGUAUUGUAAUGACUGUAAGGCUGGCAAGAAAUCACGAUACAAGGAAAUAGUCUGGGUCAAGCUCGGUAUAUACAGGUGGUGGCCAGCAGAGGUUUGUAAUCCCAAAUCUGUGCCACUUAACAUUCAAGCAAUGAAGCACCACAUAGGAGAAUUCCCUGUACGAUUCUUUGGAUCGAAUGAUUACUAUUGGGUGCAUCAGGGCAGAGUCUUUCCUUACUUAGAAGGUGACAAAGGCAACGUAUCUGAUGGUCGAGCUGGUGGUAUUAACGAGAUUUUCAAAAAAGCACUGGAAGAAGCUGCAAAACGAUUUCAGGAGCUAAAGUUAUUGAAAGAAAGUAAGGAAGCACUGGAAAAUGAACGCAAUGAAAGAAAGCCACCAGCAUACAGAUUUAUUAAGACAAACAAACCAGUUGGCAAAGUGCAGAUUCAUGUUGCUGAUGUGUCAGAAAUCCCACGAUGCAACUGUAAGCCCACAGAUGAAAACCCUUGUGGACUGGACUCGGAAUGCCUGAACCGGAUUCUGAUGUACGAGUGCCAUCCUCUUGUCUGUCCAGCUGGAGAAAGCUGUCAGAACCAGUGCUUCAGCAAGCGACUCUACCCUGAGACAGAACUUGUGAGGACAGAAGCACGGGGCUGGGGCCUCUGCACAAAAGUAGACAUUAAAAAGGGUCAAUUUGUAACUGAAUAUGUUGGUGAGUUAAUUGAUGAAGAAGAAUGCAGAAACCGCAUAAAACAUGCUCACGAAAGCAACGUUACCAAUUUCUAUUUGUUGACCUUAACCAAGGAUCGUAUCAUUGAUGCUGGGCCCAAAGGCAAUUACUCCCGUUUCAUGAACCACAGUUGCAAUCCAAACUGCGAGACACAGAAAUGGACAGUGAAUGGUGACACACGUGUCGGACUUUUUGCACUUUGCGACAUUCGAGCAGGUUCUGAACUAACCUUCAACUAUAAUUUGGAUUGUUUGGGCAAUGGAAAGACAGUAUGUAAGUGUGGAGCUCCCAACUGCAGUGGGUACCUGGGUGUACGUCCAAAGACGGCUGCUGCAACGGCGAAUGAAGAAAAGGCAAAAAAUGCAAAGAAAAAGUUGAAGAAACGUAAAACCAAAAUAGAUAUCAGAAAAAUGCAUGAGGACUACUGCUACCGAUGCUGUGAUGGAGGCGAGCUUGUGAUGUGUGAUAAGAAAGAUUGCCCCAAAGCAUACCAUUUAUCAUGCCUAAACUUGACUAAACCACCCUUCGGAAAAUGGGAGUGCCCUUGGCACCAUUGUGACGAGUGUGGCAAAUCCUCAACUUCCUUCUGUGACUUCUGUCCAAACUCCUACUGUAAGGAGCACCAGAAGGGAGCCUUGAUUGCUUCAGCGUUGGAUGGCCGGCUCUGCUGCUCUGAACAUGAUCCAAACUGCCCAACAGAAUUUGACUCAUCCUCCUCUGUCAGUCUUCAGAACAAUUCAGCAGCUGAGGACACCGGUGAGGAAACCACUGAGUGAAGAUUUCAAAAUGGAGAUGCCAUGGACUUGAAGUAAUAAACAGGGCAACAUUUAGUGUUGUGUUCAAAUGGCUCUGGGGAUUGUAAAUCAUGCAGAGUGGAAAACUCAGAGAUUCCAAGGGUGUAAGUAAAGAUGACCAAAAGAUUGUUUUGAUUUUUUUUUCCCCUUUUAUGUUUUGAUUUUGGACACCUCAAAGUGACAACUGUUCUUCAAGAAUUAUUAAAAACAAAGAAAUGGCACUUAAUUUUGUGUUAAUCAAAAUAGGUAGUGAUUAGUGGUAUUUGUAUCCAACUAUUGUUGCCCUUUUGUCCACUAAAAACUAAAAUUGAAGGGCAGUGCAGCUUGCUCGAAUCAUGUUUAAAUGAUAACUGAUCAUUUGUGGGGUUGGUGGGCGAUGGAAAAGAAUGGUCAAUGGACAAUUUUGUUGGGUGGUCAAAAUGAAAAAUUCAACACCCAGUGAUCACUCCCUGAGCAUACCCUCCCCUCCUCCAAUACCCAUCCAGGUUGGAAAGUGGAUUAUAUCCAGCACUUUGUUAAUUCUAAACAGUCUUACAGUGGACCACCUGGAUCUGCUCAGAACCAGGAAUGGCAAAAUAGAAGCAGUCAGAAAACUGCCAGAUCAACAGCUGUUAAGCCUCAACAUUUUACAGGGCAACGAAGAGAACACAAAGGGGUUUGAGUUCCAGUAUGGAAUUAGGUUUGAAGUCUAACAGUCGCUGGUGAUGUUGUGUUUUAUUUGAAGCUCAGAUAAUGCACAUUAGUCUGAGCUUUGUCCCUUGUGGCUUAGGAUGUUGUCUGAUGUGGAACCUAGCUCCCACAAUUUACUUCUAAUUUUUAUUAGUAUUUACAGUACUAUUUUUUCCACAUUUAUAAGUGAGUAUUAUAAUUUGAGUUCUGCCUUUUUGGAGUUCAUAGUUUCUGUUAUCAGCACUACCAUUAUGGCUAUGAUGAUGUGAUUUUAUUAUUUUUAUACAUUUAUAUGUAAAAAGCAAAAAUUAUGACAGAAAAAAAUCAUGUUUUUUUUAAAAAACUGAAACUUAGAAGUGUCAUCUUUGCUCUUAAUAGAGUGUUUUAUGGACAAACUAAAAAGUUCUUACUGAGUGAAAGUACUCCGAGAACCAUAGGAUUAUACACAGCUCAGAAGGAAACCAUUCUGCCCAUCAGACCCAUGCUAGCUCGAUAAGAGCCACCAAGAUUUUAUUCCUAUGAAAUUAGCUUUCACCGUAAUUUCAGGCAGUCAAUGUCUGAUCAUAAUUCACUGUAGUAACAUUCUCCCCAUCUUCCACCUGGUUUUCUUUACAAGUUAUAUUAACUGUGAUUACUGAUGCCUGUUAACCCCUCCACCCUGACACUGAUGCAAGCCAUUUCUUGCAAUUUACUUCAUCAAAAACCCUCCUGAUUUGCCAAAACCUUCUCUGUGAACCUAUGAUUCUAUGCUACAGUACUCUUGUAUAUAAUAAACAUUAAACUAUGUCUGUAUGUUUAAAUAAUCUUAUAACUAUCACGUUCUGAUAUUAGAACUUGGGUAGAAUAAACUUGUGAUAUUUGUUUUUCAGCAUUAUUCACACAUUGUAUUUAAUGGCAGAAAAACCUCCUCAUCCAUCACAUGUCUAUGUGUUGCAAAUUCAGGGUAUCUGUUUGAUAAAAAGUCUCGGUAAAACUACCAAGUUUCCUCAGUUGCAUGGGCUGGAUUUUAUCUUUAAUUCUCUUUUGCUUUCCCACUCAAAGUUUGCAUCCACUGGCUCAAGGGGCAUUGCUGAGCUGUAAGGAUUGCCUACUAGAUGAUACUUCCCACUCAGUUGUGAGUUGUACUGUUAACUUUAAAAUGAGCAAAAUGGAAGUUACAUGGAGUAGCCUCAGUAAGGUAAUAACUACUGGCCAAUGUGGACAGGAUAGUGAAUCUACAGGACAGAAAGGCCAUUUGUACUCGUGCAUCUUCUCGCCAAAACAUGUAAUUUCCAUGUUCGAACUGUUUCUUGAGUAUGGACUUUGCACACAAACAUGUGUAAAUAAUACAUAAUGUUGUGGCUGACAGGAGAUGGAGGACAGAAGAGGAGCUAACUUGCUCUGGCUCCAAAUGGGUCUGGAGUUGGAGGUUUUUUCCCCCUUCCUAAAAUAGCUGCAUCUUCCAUCGUGCUUGCAAGGAACCUCAUUAUAUUGUUGUCCCCAAUUCGAAAUGGGAGCUGUCAUAGUGGCGAAAAGCCCUUAGUCUGUUCUAAUAGGUGGUCCAUCUUGCUUUAAGAGAUGAUGUCUCUGUUUUAGUAAAAUUUUCAUGAUGAACAAUGGGAGAUUUGCACUUGACAUAAAUAGUGUGAUGGAAGGAAAUGUCUCAAAAGCUGGUUAUUGAAAUGACUUUCUCUUGUUUAUUGCCUGAUUGUUUUUCCAAGCCAGGUUUUCUUCUUGUGAGAUAUUAGAUUCUUAUAGAUUUCACAACUUUACGUUUCUCCUUCCAUUAUUUGUUAAUGCUUUUACAGCACAGAUUUUCACAGACUACUUUAAUUCAAUCUUUAAUCUCUCUCGCGCUCUCUCACUCUCCCACUGAGUCUGGGGAAAUACCUGAGAACAUUUGGAUGGCUUUCAGAUGUUUAGUUUUAAGCCAAAUCCAUUAGAAAGAACACAUGAAAAUGUCUUAUCCUCAGGAAGUUGUUUUCAUGGGCAUUGUGUGCUCAUUGUUCCCACUUUGCCAUGAUUGAUAAAUCACUCAGCACUAUGGCCAGACAUCUUGGGGCCUUCUGGAGAAGAGUGUGAAUGACCUGACUCCCAGCCAUGUCCAUGGGAAGAUUGGAGAAAACACAGUUUUGUGUCUUUGAGGGUGUCCUUCUUCAAAUGUGUAGAGUACUGGAAAUAGGAAUGGAUAUGUUUGGACAUGUAAAAAUAGUGUUGCCAUAGCCCAUUGACCUCAAAGCUCGACUGCUCUGAGCCUGACUGGCACCAGUUUGAUGACAAGUGCAUCCAAAGGUAUUGAGUGUGUAUUUGUUUAUCGUUUUGGUUCAUAAUUGGACAACUUGACCCAUUUCCCAUGUGGUCAGAGCUUUGGGUAGUGAACAAGGAAUUAGAAUGCAUUAUCUGCACCUUGCUUUGGUUUUACUGUGCAAUUAUAAUGUUCGAUACAUGAUAUGAUUCCUAUGGUUGUGCAAUGUGCCAGUAUUUCAGCAAGAGGACAUACCUGAUGGUGAUUGUCGUAUUUAUGUUCUAUCUGCAGUCUGGGGUACCAUUUCUGAAUUAUUUUAUUAUUUGUUGAAAACCAUAUGAUGAAGCCCAUCUUUGCUUUUACUAUUUUUGCAAUUGUGCUGGUUCAUCUGAAAACCACAUUUAAAAAGGUACAUAAUUUCAUGUCAGCCCAGGUUUCAUGACAGAACACAGAUGACUGUGGAGAAAGCUGCAAAUGAUGAUAUCUAAUUUGGCUGAUGUCCAGAACAAUGCCACACCAUGGGUGGGCUGAAACACAUCUUCCCCUCUGCCAAGUAUUCCCAUUCCUGUCCUGCCGACUCUACUUAGUAGUCCAUUAAGCAGCAAAUGUUGAGAUGAAAUCUUUUGCAGACGAGAGAAGGAUAUGCUAAAGGUCCAUUGAUUUUCUGAAAUCUAGGCUUCAACCCUUAGCUGCCAGUGAGGCAACCUCUCAUGCCUGUGCCCAAUGUGUUAGUUGAUCCUUUGCCCUACCCAUUCUGACUUAACAUCAUUUGUGACAUCGUUGGUUUAGGUUGGAUGUUCUGUGGUACUAACUUGUUUUGGUUCGGUACUUUCUUUCUCAUUGAGAUUUAUCUCCGACCUUGGAUGCGAACAAAAAUCAAUGUGGAAAUUCAAACGCUGCUUCCUAUUUCCUGGAUGUCUUCAUUUCUAAACUGCCAAGUUGCAAUCCAACUUAGGGAAGGUGAGGGAAUAGAGAGGAAAAAGAGUAUUUUCAAGUUUGAUGAAGCUUUCUCUUCUGAUUGAGAAUGUUUAGCAUUAUCAGGUACGCUGCCAAACCCUGACCUGUUUAAAAAUGUGUUCUUAACAAAUUAAAAUACACAAAACUUGAACAAGUUUGCACAUGACUUGUGGCAAGCAUUUAGAAUGAAAGAACAAGGAACCAUUGCACAGAGUAUUACAGUGAUUAGUCUGGAAUGUGCAGCCUCGGAAGUUGUCUCAUUAACUGUGACAGCAAAAUACUUGUGCAGAUGCAUCCUUUGGAAUGGUCAGGAAAUAACCUUAUCUGUUGAUGAAACUGAAAUGAGGGAUACUCUGUGUAAAUGUGUUCUCAUGCUCGUAAAAAGCAGAGAGUGCAACGAAGUCCCAGGAUGAUUAUUCUAAGGAUAAGGACUUAUUCAACUUUACAACACUUCUUCAUUUCUGUGAGAUUGCCCACAUUGAUUCUUGAAUCCAUAAGCUGUUCUGUGGCUCCACUGCAUAUUUUCCAAACAAAAUUGUUGUGAAAACCAGAAACCCAAAAAAGCAUUGUCUAAAAAGGCAGAAAAUGUGAGUACGCCUUGGGUUUUCCCAUCUUUAAAAAAUUCCCUAUGGUUGGAAGGUUGUCCUGUGAACACCGUUGUUGUAUGGUCAUCACUUAGUGAGGUUCAUAAAAACAGAAAUGAUGAGGUCAAUCUAAUGGAGGAGUCUGGAUCAGUUGGAAGAUGGAGGUACAUGGGAAUCUUUAGUUGUAGCUGAGAAGAAUGACACAAGCAAUUGUUUUGUUUUUGUUUUCAGAUUUGAAUAUCACUCGGACCCUUCCCCAUUCUGCUAGUUAAACUUUAGCUGCUUUGCAUUACCAAAUGGAAAGGGAUAUCUCAACAUUGUUCAAGAUUAUAGUGCUGAAUGAAAAGUAGUUUGUUAAGGAGGAUUACUAUUUUAUCAGUUGAUGCUCUUUUAUUGUAUAAUAAUCAUGUAAAUAGCUGAAAUAUGAAUAGGAUUUCAAUCUAUAAAAUGUUCCAUGCCAAACAAAGAGAGUGUUUAUCUGAAAAUUGAUUUAUUCUUCCUUGGGCCCUGGCCCAUUGUUCCCUUUCCAAGUAUUUAUUUGGUUAAAGCAGUGCAUUUGCUUCAAUUGAGAACACAGGAUUGGCCUUGAGAUUUUUAUAUAUGGAAUUUUUAAUGUGAGAACAGAAAUAUUGUAAGUACUAACAUUUGAAAGCUUUGAAUUUGAGUGAAAUGGGGACAAACAUUUAAAUAAAAACUGAAAAGAAAAAGGCAACAACUUGGGGUAAUUUUAGAACUAGGAACAGUUCUGCACUUACAGCAUUGCUUUAAUUAAUUGUGACUUUGAUACUUAUUUAAAGCAUCAUGUUAGUGAAUCAUAUUUGUGUGUGUGUGUAUGAUAGGAAAUGGGUUCAAAUUAAAUCAGUGCAAAAGGGAUUGAGGCAAAUAGUGAACUGUGACAUCUGAUCUUCUGCAAGAGAUUGCAUGUAGGAAAUUGAAGUACUCUUAGAUUGGGCAGGUCAGAUUUAAGCAAACUGAAGUGAUAAUUAUUCCAGAAACUAAUAUUAGAAGGGAUGGUAAUGCCUUAGGCUUGACUGAUUGCAGUUCUGGCAUGUGUUACGUCCUUCCAAGAGAAAAGAGUUACGACAUCGAUAAAAGGGGCAAAUUGAUAGCGAGUUUUGGGAAGAUUUGUAGCUAGGUUGAGGUUCUGGAUGUAGGUUUGUUUGCUGAGCUGGAAGGUUCAUUUUCAGAUGU